UCCUCACUUGUACCCUAUGACCGUGUAACAUUUGCGAAGGUUCUUUGCGUGUUAACAAUUCUGUCUCAAUUAAUGAAAUACAUCUCUGUGUCGUGGAUUAUUCGUACACCUUUUGACAUUUUUACAUUUUUGGAAAAUCCGAGAAGUUCGGGUUAAAAAGUAAAAUAUGGAUUCAACAGAAAUCAGUGAAAUGCAGGAAGCGGCGUCAACUUAUGCAACACUACCAGAUAUUUCAACACCAUCCCAAGAAGUCGCAAUAGCCUCAAAAGAUCGUCAGAAGGAGGAGGAAAAGGUACCCAAAUCAAUGAAACAGCGUUAUUGGCAUUCUUGGGAGGAAUUACGUCUAGUGGAAUUGUGGCGACGCUACAAAGACGAAGUAACCGAUGUUCACAAAUGCCUGCCCGUUUAUCGCAAAAUUGUAGGUGGUAUGAAAAGUUUCGGUUUCCUAGUCAACACUCAAGAUUGCCGUCGCAAAAUCAAUACUUUAACUAACAGAUAUAUGGCAGAAAAAAGGCAUAUGGAUAUAUCUGGUAACAAAUCAGUUUGGCGUCUAUAUCCACUAAUAAACUGUAUUAUAGACACGAAGACCAAGUGGGAAGUAGAUGAUCCUUGGCACGAAAAUCGGAUUAUUAAAAAUCUUUUGGACAGAAUAGAUCCGCCAACUGAAUCCGUAUCAGAUAGUAGAAGCCAGCCACAACAAAUACCCCCUAGGAUCCCUCUACAAAUGCGUUCCACAAACGCGAAUGAAGCCAAUGUUUCACCAAUAGAAAACAGUGUGCCACCGCACCAACCAGCAGCCCAGUUCCAAUUCAGCUGUGAUAAGCGUUCACGUAUUAUACCUAUUAAUCGUUUAACAGAGGAAAACUUGAAGCAACUUCGUGCUGAAAAUAAUCGUUUAGCCAUGGAUCGGGACGAGGACUUGAAACAAUUACGCCGCGAGGAGGAACGCUUUCAUAAAUUCCACAUAGAGAUACAAUAUUGGGGUAAGCAGCACGAAGACCUUUUGCAGAAGAUACGUAAUCGUCAGAACGAUGCCACACCAACAUUAGAAAAAGGGAAAACUUGAAAAGCAUAUUUCAAAUUUGCUUUAUUCUUAAUUUCAGUUUCUCAUGAUUCAUUAAUUUUAAAUUAUUAUUGUAAAUAUACUUCGCUAAUUUAUCAAGCCGACAUUG